CAGUUGUUAAUAGCACCACUCAACUCCAUGACGGUAGCAAAUCUAUCUGACCACUGGAAGGGAGUAGGAUCCGGUCACAACCUGGUCAAAGCAGCAGGAUUAUUCAACAUCGCUCUGGAUAUCUUGCAGUAUUUCCGAAACUACGGAAACCCAGAUAAAACCGCUGACUCUCUUCUGGGUAUAAUCACAGCUGAACUGGAGGUUGAUGUAAAAGGUCCUCUGAAUAAUAUCAUGACCAGUGAUUAUUUGGAACUUUCAGACGAAGAGAUCUUGAAGAAUCUGAAGGAUAUCGAGAGAGUCCAUAUGGUGAGGCUCACCCAUGCUUGCCAAGCACUUGAGAGCCUCGAGGCCAUGGCGCCCGUUAUGGCUACGGUCGUACGCGCUGGACUUCCUUCCACAGGACUGAAUUCUGAAACAAAACAAUUACAGUGUUUUGAGAUCUUCCAAGAAGCAGCCAGCAAAAGCUGGAACACUAUUUUUAAGAAAGCUCAACUAGUUUACUCAAUGGGGAAAGUCAAGAUAACCCCAACACAAAGGUUGAGUUUUGUUGGGAAGAGAUUUGGAAUACCAGCAGACGGAUCCUGGAGAUCAGUAUUCCUGGUCGAUCCGAUCUUCCCCGCCACCCGAACGACAGGAAACUAUCCUUCACCGUUGCUGUUGCGUUAUCUAUUACAGCAGCCUCUAACUUACGCUGAAGGACAUAAUCUGACCAAUCCGAUACUCCAGAAACAAGUUACAAUGUUAACGGAACUAAAAGAGGAUAUCAAGAAAACUGAAACCUCUAUAACCUCAACCAUGAAAAACCUGAUGGAGAAGCGGACAAUAACGAACGAAGAUAAAUCGACAGUAGAAAGUAACGAUAAAAGGAAGAAAGAAGGAUCCAUGAUCAACACAAUGGAACAAAUGUCCAAGAAAAUAGACAAACUCUCGGCAAAUCUGUCGAAACCUCAAGAAAUCAAGAAAGAAGCGAAAAAGAAUACCGAACAGGAAAAAGAAAAGGAGAAAGAGGAAAAGAUUAACUCUCAGAACACUCUAACCAUCGUCAACAACGUUAUUGGAUUAAACAAGAAAAUCAAUGAAAUUGUAGAAAUUGUGAAAAGUCAAAAAGAUGAUACAGAAGAUUUGAGGCAUAACAUGCUCGUCGGAAAUAAAAUCAAAACAGCCACAGCACAAGAAAUGACGACAAUCCAUGAGAAGCUCAGAAACGUUGAAGAAGGUAUAACUGACUAUACACGAGACGAGCUCGACAAAGUGCAGAACACACUAGUCAACAUCACAAGAGUCGUGGAAAAAGUACUCCAAGGGGUAGAGGAUAACCGGAAAACCAUCAAAGAACAGGCUGUGAAACAGGAAGAAUUUAACCAAAACCUGAUGAAAACAAUCAUGACACUUGUGAGGACAGUAAACCUCAAUACAACCCAACCUGAAUCCAAUUGGGCCGAAGAAGUAGAGAAUGCUACACCCCCACCAGUUUCUUAUAAUAAACCACCUCGAGGCAUGGAAUCAUAUGUUCCGGACGAAAACAUGUUCAUACCAAAUUAUGAACUGGAAAACGAGGCCGAACCACAGGAGUACGGAUACGAUCCAGAACACCCUCAUUAUGACGGAGAAACCCCGGCCGGAGAAGAUCAAACUACUUACUAGAAGAGUAGUCAAAUAUAUUUUUUUUAUUUUGUAUACAAAAAAUUAAUAAACCCAAAUAAAUAAUUUUUUAAAAAAAAAUAUUGUGUUAUUUCUUAUCGAUAGAGUUAUAAUCUAAAACGAAUAAAUUUUAAAGUAUAACAAAGAAACAAUAUGGCGGAAAUAAGAAAAAUUUCGUAAUUUCAUAAUGGUAGAAUAUAUAAACAUGGGCCGAUUUAAAUAAUAUCAUGCUUUAAAUGAAUUUUUAACCAAUAAAGAUGUUAAUAUAACCUUAGUCAUAAAGAAUGUUAUAAAGAAUUUAAUCAGUAAGCACUUUUUACCUAUUUAAUAUCAGAAUCCGAAACAAUUAUCUAGUAUUUGGAGAAUCUCGGCCGACAAAUCUAACUAGACUGAUUCCCGGAUAGUGGUUGAUAUAGUAUCCGACCUAUCACAACACAAACAAGUGUCAGUGCAAUGUCUAGGGAUAUUCAAAAGCAGAAUUCUGACUAAAUUAGGGCUGUCCAAAAAUAAAAAGAUAUCCAGCCCGAAAAUGAAAUUUUAUUUAAAAUACACUUUGGCAUUUACAUUUAACUUGGCUAUAAUAAACGCACAGACAACAAAGAAUGCUGCAUUCCAAUUUAUGGCGUUUGAUUGUAGGAAACCAAUUAGCCUAAAUUCAUAUAAAAAAUCAGAGUGGUGUUCACCAAAAAUAGAGAAUAAUGUAAACAAGAUGGGGGAUAGAAACGAGGAAACGAUUAUCCUGGUACAAAACUUAGAUUUCCAGAAAAUAAAGGCAACAAGAUGUGAAAAACUUACAUCUAAGUUUAGCCUUUACUGUGGUGCAUACUCACAUAUGAAAUUCCUGAGCCCUCCCACAAUAUUAGAACCAGAAGAAAUGUCACCGGAAGAAUGUUCUGAUAUGUACCGCCGCAGAGCUUUCAUUUUUAAAGGGAAAACAUAUAGGAUAGGAGUUAACCAACAAAUACAGAUACCUAUGAUUAGACAUGGGCAUUUAUAUGCAACAGAAAAUAAUGUCCAAUGCGACGGUGCAAAAUUUGUAAUUGACGGUGAGGAACACUCUAAUAUGUUAGAAUUACUAAGUGUACAAAUUACCAUGAGAGAAACCACUAUUCAAAUCUCUAAGAGCGGAAUAAUGGAUACCCAAAAUAAUAUCGAACUAGAGAAAAAAUGCCUGGAGUCCUUAAGAUGCAAAGUAGGGAUGUCCACAUAUAUACUUCUAGAAAAACCCAAAGAAUGCCAACUAGUUCAAAUUCGAACAAUAUUAGUUAACAGUACAUGGCUGGUACAUAACGGUCAAUCCACAGAGUAUAUGAUAAACGACCAACACAAAAUUUUGAUUAGAACUAUAAACAAAGAAGAAGACAAGGAAUGCGGAAUAAUGUUGUAUUCCUCCAACUACCCCAGAUUGAAACUAAUCAAACCCAUAGAGAACCAGCCAGAAUUAAUAGAUAAAUUAGUCCUACACCCGGAAGGAGUAGACAUAGACUUGGAAAUCAGAAUAUCAGAAGAAUAUAUCAACUACCGGAUUGAACACCUGUUACAAUCGCAAAGUACAAAGAUCCAACAACAUCUAUGUGCACUAGGGACAGAAAAUAUCAUACACAUGGAACGUAGCCCAAUACACCCGGACGCCCUGAUUAGAAUCAGAGGCGACAUUAUCCAGGAACUAAAGUGUAAAGAGGUUUUAGUAACAGCUACCACAGGUUACCAAAGAAACCAAGAAUGUCACCGAGACCACCUCCCUGUCUACCUGGGUGAAGAACCUGUAUAUAUAGACACAGCUAGGCUAAUUACCACAAAUCCUAUAAUGGAUCAAAUAGAUUGCGCAGAAUUGUUUCCACCCGUUUUUCAAUCAACAACAGGACAAUUGGUCCAGGCCACUCCAAAAAUACAGCUAGUACAGAUUCAACUGUCUAAACCAGAGCAACUUGGUUAUCACGUAGACUCACUAGAUCACGUUGAAGAAACAGACAGUCUCCUGUAUACCAGAAAGGAAAUCAGAGCAUAUAAUGAAUUAUUUCUAGCCCAAAGGAGUAUGAGAGCCUUAAGUUAUUCAAUGACCUCACAAUACUGUUCUUCUUCGGGAGCAUGUGGAUCAUACAGACCAACUGGACCAGGAAUAUUCGACAUAGACAAUCUUACUCAGAAUGCCUUGAAAAUAUUUAAUUGGAAAGAACAAAUAAUGGCUGCCUUAACCACAUAUGAAAACUAUGCAAGUAUCAUCGUACUUAUAUACCUAACGUGGAAACUGAUACUUACCAUAAUAGGAACUAUCAGAACUAGGAGGAAAGGCGUGACAUGGAAGACCGCAAUCAGGCUAAAUACUCUCCUCUUGACGGAGUUCAGGAAUCACCUAAUACAGGACAUUCCACUAAGACAUCCUGAACAUACUGUAAAUACAGAUGAACAAGAUAGUACGGAACUAGUGCCUUCGGUAACUCUAUAAAAAUGACGAGACUGAAUUAGAUGUCUGAUGGGGGAUAAUGAAGUAUUCUGAAGAUUUAUUAAUAAAGUAUAUAAAUCAGAUAAGAGAUGUUAGCUCCCCUGGCUGGAUGAUGCUGCCGGAGUAUGGAUUCCCGCGUUCUCAGAUCCACCCGACUCUACUCAGUACUACGGAGAUCUUCAUUAGGUUCACACCUUGAGAGGGAUCCUGUAGCGUACUACCAGACGAUCCUUGAUGCAACUCCAUUCUACCCAAACUGUAACUCCACCCUCCAACCAAGCUCACUCCAUCUUCAUUCCAUCAAUCCCAUCUCUCUCCUCUCCCCCGCCUACUUCGAGGAGCCGUAUUUCUCGAUGUCGGAGAUAUCUGAGGAACCUACAGCCCGAGACUCUGGUGCUCUUGCCGGUACCCUGCAUGCUGGUGAUCCUCCUCUGUUUGAUGUUCCUGUUGUACGACAUACUGAUGGAGGAGAUCCACAACGGUCUGUCUCUGAGCACGGGGGAUGUGAAUCCCCGUGUCCGGACCUGGACGAGGAUGAACCAUCCGUAGAGACGGAUGAGACUAGCCUCAGCUCCGAGGAUGAGUAUGAACGGUUCUCCCGUCCUCUUCAGAGCGUGGAGUCUGCAUGUGACCUGAGGAGGUCCCUGGACCUGGAACUGUUGCUUCUGAGGAACACUAUAGCUCAGAAGGAUAGACUCUGAGCUGAUCUACUCCAGCAUGUAAAGAGUGUCCUAGAUGCUCUAGAUGAUGACCUCUAUCUCCUGUAUCAAGCCCGGUAUUAUCUGGACGAUCUUAUCAAGGGAUUCUCGGAAUCCCAUCCAAGGGAUCAGACAUCUUCUUCAGCCUAGUAAUAUUAAUGUGAUUAGUAAAGUAUUUACUCAUGUGCUUAAUAAUAAUAAGGUUAAUAAAACUCUACUUACGAUUA